AUGACGUAGUUACGCCUCUACCCAGCUUCUAGUGCUAAUGCUAACGCUAAUGGUUGGUGCUUAGCGGCUUUUUGGUUCCCGGGCAGAUAAAAUCUAACUCCUCGGUCCGUUUCCAGCCUCCAGACUUCCUGACUGUCCGCGUCGGGUCGCCGCCAUGGCGCUGCAGGGCCCGGAGGAGGUAGGCGAACAGGUUGAAGAACCGGAGGACCUGGAUGACCAGGACGCCAGCAGCAUCUCGCCAGCAGAGGAGAUAACCCUUCCACCCGGGCCCGGGGGCGAAGAGGAGGCGGAGGAGGCCUUCCUCCUGCCCUGGGACCGCUUCUCCUCCUGGCUGCACUGCAUCUGUGUGGUGGGCUUCGACCUGGAGCUGGGCCAGGCGGUGGAGGUCAUUUAUCCUCAUCAUUCCAAACUGUCAGAGAAAGAGCUGUAUGUCCAACUGUCCUUGAUUAGGCUGCGGUCGUUUCUCAAUGCACAAGAACGCGAGUGCGGACUCGUGUCCCCAAGUUGCCUUGGCGACACACAGUUCUGCUUCCGCUUCCGCCAGGGCUCCAACAGGAAGUCGUCACUGGGCUGUUUCCUGGAGAACACAGACCGAGAUGCGCCGCCCUGCCUGAAGCGGGAACAAGGCCACUACUACGGUUACGUGUACUUUCGUCAGGUCCGAGACAAAUCCUUGAAGAGAGGAUACUUCCAGAAGUCUCUGGUCCUAAUCAGUAAGUUGCCGUAUGUGACCUUCUUCCACUCGCUGCUGAAGAUCAUGGCUCCGGAAUACUUUGAGAAACAGGAGCCCUGCUUGGAGGCCGCUUGUAACGACAUGGACCGCUGGCCGCCGCCUCAUCCUGGACGAGUCCUGACUCUGCCGAUAAUGGGCGUCGUCAUUAAGGUUCGUAUCCCAACCUGCUACGAUAAACCAGGAACCUCCCAGUUGGUCCAGUCUACCCAGAGCGACAGUCUAGUUUCCAUCGUGCUGCCAACCAUCCAUGAAGUGGACCUGUUCAGGUGCUUCCACCCGGUCUUCUUCCACAUCCAGAUGCUUUGGGAGUUGGUGUUGUUAGGGGAGGCCCUUGUUGUCAUGGCGCCGUCGCCAGCUGAGUCGGCGGACACCGUGCUGGCGUUGGUCAGCUGCAUCUCUCCUCUGCGCUACUGCAGCGACUUCAGGCCGUACUUCACCAUCCAUGACAGCGAGUUCAAGGAGUACACCACCAGGACGCAGGCUCCGCCGUCAGUGAUUCUGGGAGUGACCAAUCCCUUCUUUGCAAAGACUCUGCAACACUGGCCGCACAUCAUCCGCAUCGGAGACAUGAAGCAAGCGGGAGAGCUGGCCAAGCACAUGAAAGUCAAGAAACUAAAAAACCUCAAAACUCUGGACUCCAAACCAGGUGUGUACACUGCAUACAAGCCAUAUCUCAACAAGGAUGAAGAGAUCAUCAAACAGCUCCAGAAGGGAGUUCAGCAGAAGCGACCGUCAGCGGCCCAGAAUGCAAUUCUCCGACGCUACUUCUUAGAGCUGACUCAGAGCUUCAUCAUCCCUCUGGAGCGUUAUGUUGCCAGCCUCAUGCCUCUCCAGAAGUCCAUCAGUCCUUGGAAGAGUCCUCCUCAGCUCCGGCCUUUUGUCCAGCAGGACUUCAUGAAGACCCUGGAGAAAGCAGGACCUCAGCUCACGUCCAGACUCAAAGGAGACUGGAUCGGACUCUACAGGCAUUUCCUAAAAUCCCCAAACUUUGAUGGCUGGUUCCGCAGCAGGAAAAGAGAGAUGACUCAGAAACUGGAGGCUCUGCACCUGGAAGCUCUAUGUGAAGAGGACCUUCAGCAGAGGAUCCAGAAGCACACGGAGGUGGAGGCGGUCGAUCUGGUUCUGAAGCUGAAAGACAAACUGAGCCAAGCAGAGAGGGAGCAGCUCCCGCUUCGUCCGGGGACCCUAUCCAAACUCAGAGCCCACAUCGAGGCUGUCAUCCUGGCCUUACCAGAGGACCUACAGGGCAUCCUCCACAAGCCCCCCACCUCAUGAUCCUCCUAUGUUUAGCCUUUCAGGAGGUAAUAGGUCUGUUGUAGGUGGGGCUGGGUCCCCGCUGGGUCAGACUGGGGGCUCACUGAGCUCUGGGAUCAUGUGGUUUAAAUCGAAAUACUGGACGGUCUAGAGCUGCCAGAUGAAGUCAUAUGGAACGGAGAGAAAGGAGAGCUGUAUGGACUCAAGUUCUCGCACAGUUCACUACUAACCCUGAGCCAGGUGGGGGGGGGGGAUUAACGGCCCCCAGCUGACUUUUUUUACUCUCUGAUUUUUAACUUCAGAACAUUUUUGUUUUUUAAUUUUGACCUUUUGCCAUCGGGCUGUUCCAGCCUGACAGUGUUCGGUUUUCAUCGAUUGUUGUAAAGAAGUGCUGUUCAUCGCUACCAGGACCAGGGAGUCCUACCCUCACAAACACUGAUUAAUGCAAACGAACUAAACCGAGGAGAGCCAAGAAGUGCAUUAUAUUUAUAUUUCACUAAGAUCUUCAUCUUUUUAACACCUUAAACCCAAACAGCAUCCAGAACCAGCACCCCUGAUAUAAUCAGCACUAAUCUGCUGCUGUAAAGCGUCGCUCAGGGGCCCAUCACACCGCUACCAGUCUCACAUAUCUCUGCAAAGGAAGCUACAACUAGUCGAGGAUCUCUGCAAAAAAUAUCCUGCAACCUGCUUAGUGCAAAUUUUACUGGGUUUUUCUGUGUAAUUUUAACUGAUCUGAGUCCAGCUUAAUACGGUGGAUAAGGGGGAAGAAUAUAUGAUAUAUGGCAAUAUAUGAUUUUAUAGCAAAAAAGGUUCUGCAAAUCAAGACUAACACACAAAAGAAAAAAAAAUCACACAAAGAAAAAAUGUUGCAAAGGAAAAAAGUUGUGAUCACAGAAAAGUGGAAAGAACCUGUGGGCUGAAUUCAAAUGGUAUUUGCUGACAAACACACAAAAAUGCAUCGCAUCCCACUCGCACCAUUGGAGACGGACCCAAAAGAGACUGGCCGCCCAAUCACAUUGUAGAAUUAUGAUUGUAGGCGGGACAUACAUGCUGAGCCCACAGCUAAAUGAAACAAACAUGGCGGUGCAGGAGGAUGUAGUAUAGCUGCUGCUUUCACGUCUUUUUGUCAGCUUUGAAAGAGGAACUGCAGGAGCAUAAAGUUGGUUUGGUUUUUAAUGGCUUUUUUUCAUGGGUUACAGUGAUUGGCUAGAACAACACUUUGAUAGGAGGGUUCUAGGUCUUGGUCCGCCUAAUCAGCCGGAGAGCUUCUGUAUAUCCUCCUUUCCUAGAACGGAUUGGAUGGGAAGUGGCCCAAAUUAAUGAGUGGUGAAAAUGAUUAAUCAAACAUCAACACACAAUGCAUGCAAAGGAAACAUACUGCAAAUAGCAAAAGUACUGCAAGAGAAGAAGAGCUACAAAUUAGCUUCAUGUAGCAGAAGUGCUCCGUACACUAGGGGGAGCCGUGGUGCUCAUAGAUUAGGAGAUUAAUCGAUUGAGAGGAAACCUUCCCUCCACAUGUCGUCUCUCCACCAUCUUCUUUCUCGAUUGGGAACGAAUCUGGAGCCGAAACGGCAUAAUUGAUAUUUGGCUAUCUGUAUAAAGUUGAGAGAAAAAGCCUUUGGCUUUAUUAUUAUUUUCCUAAUGAAUGUUGAACUAGAUGGAAAAAGAUUUUAUAAAAAGCUUUAAGACAAGGGCUGUUUUAAUU